AUGAGUAUCCCAAUGGAGUUGAUGUCGAUCAGAAACCCUAAUUCGAGCUUUCUUCACCGAGCUCACUCUCGUCCACCGGUGACGCUGUGCGCUCCACCUUCUCUCCGUUUCCAACACCUUCCUACCCGACGCCAUUUCAAUGCUCCGAAGCUUGCUCCAGCUGUCGUUUCUUGUACUGGGCUACGUUUCGGAUUUAGCUCAGAGGUCUUGCUUAAUCGCUCCGUCGUUGCUUUCGCUGCUUCCCACGAGGAAUCGGAACAAUCAGGUGUUGAGGUGGGGAAGGAGAAGAGUGAUAUAGAUGCUGAAGAUGAUGGUAAAUCUCAGGAAGCAUGGAAACAAACUCUUGCCUCCUUCAAGGAGCAGGUUUCGAAGAUGCAGAGCGUGUCGUCGGAGGCUUACAACGUUAACUCCCAAAAAGCAAUGACAAUCUUGAAAGAUACUUCUGAGCAACUCAGGAUCCAAGCGGAAAAGGCGAAAGAAGAGUUGGGUACAAAGGCGAAAGAGGUUAGCGAGGAAGGUAGAGAAUAUAUUUUGAAAGCAGCAGAAGAAUCACCUUCAGAUGUGAAAGAGAUAGUCGAAGCAUUCGCCUCCACCGAGGAUCUGCAAGACGUAUCAAGAACGCAAGAUUUUCAUGUUGGAAUACCCUAUGGUCUACUUCUGCUUGUGGGUGGUUUUAUUUCCUUUAUGGUAUCUGGAAGCAUUCCAGCCAUUAGGUUUGGGGUUAUUCUUGGUGGAGCUCUGUUUGCACUGAGCCUGGCAAGUCUAAAGUCUCAGAGGAAAGGAGAGUCAUCUACUAACUUCUUAAAAGGACAGAUGGAUGUAAAAACAAACUUGUUGACACUCGUUCGUCUGCAUGUUCUUAUGUUCAACAGCUAUAGUGGCAAUCAUAUUUUUGAGAGAGUUAAAGUUGGUACUAUUUCAGGUAACGUGAUUAAAAAUUCAAAUGAAAUCUACGUUCCUGGGUUUUUUGACCACCCUAACGAGGGAAAAGAAAACAGAACUUUAGGAUUAACAUCAGAAAGAAUGCUUAAAAUGUGUUUGAAUUGCUGUUGCAGUGGUGGUGUGUUGGCGUUUUACGUGUACAAGAUGGUGAGCAAGAAAGAAAAUGGACCAAACUUAGAAGAUGGAGGAGAAGAUGAAUCAAGCGAUGGGUUUGUAAAAACAGAAGGAUAG